GAAGCGUUUAAAUUUGGUUUACGGAAGGUUCGGUAGAAAAUGGCGGGAAGGGGAAGCGAUUCGCAGAAACAACUGUUCAGCCUGAUCCGCAAUUUCGCCGCUGAGAAAUCUCAAGGAGAACGAAGAGUGGUGACUCUGAGAAAGCAAAUCGCUAAGCUCUCAUCGGAACUGAGCGUGGCCUAUGAGGAGCUGGAAAAGGCCAAGCGCUGCAAAGAAAUGGUCGAACAGGAUCUUAAAGGCUUCGAAGUUCAAUUGAUGUUGAGUGAAGCUUCGAAUCAAACGCUAGAGGCAAGGGUAUCUUUAAUUCAAGACCAGAUCUCUGCCGUUGGAUCUGAUUCGGAAACUCUCAAGUGUGAAGAAGCAGCUUUGCGAGAGCAAUUCUUCCACAACAUGCUUCAUAUGAAUGGCAAGAUAAGGAAAUUCCAAGAAAGCAUCAUUACUUGCGACAUUGAUCCAGUAGAUUGCACUGCUUCUAGAGAUGAAUCACAAGUAAUAAUGAAAGAGAAUGACGCUGAAGUUUCUUUAUGUGACCUCGAAAGUACACUGUCAGAGGUGAUAUCUCAAAUUGCUAAAGAAAAUGAGGAAUACCAAGAAGAACAAAAAAAUUAUAAGAACGUUCAGCAGCAAUUGAUUGAUUGUGAAAGAAAGGUGUCUGUAAUGGGCAUGAUAGUCAUGGAAACAAAAGAAUUGCAGGAUCUGACCAUAUAUCCUUACAAAUAUUCAGUUGUUUCAAUAGGUUUGGCAAUCUCUUCUUCAUAUGUUAUGCAACCUAAAAUCUUAAAAUUAACUAACUGAUAGAGUAUAAUCGCUAUCCAUCAAUAUGAAGGUGAUGUAAUGUUGUGAGUUUGUUUCAUUGUCAUGAAAGCACUACUUUGACGACGCACGAUUGCACAUGACGUCGGUCAUUUUAAUGGGAAUGUUUCAUUAUCAUAUAAGUUAGAAUGCUCCGUCAAUAAAAUCUUUUUCAUCGUUUUUCAUGUUGAGUUGUAGCCUAGAAACUAUAGGAGGCAAAUUUGAGUGAUGCAACAGUGUAACUAACCAAAAUCCAGCUGAUCACUAUCAAGAUUUGCCGUUCUGUAAAUCUCAUAAAACAUAAAAUAGAAUCGUAAAUUUUAUUGCCAAAAAUACUGUGCAUCCCUCUUAUUAUUGGAUCAUUUGUGUUAUGUACUUAACUGGAAACAAGCAGUCUUCUAAAUUGGAAGGGGCAUACAGUUCACUUGGUGAUGAGCUACAAGUGAGAUGUAUAUGUCCGAGUUGUCGUGUGGACAAUUUGGAUUCUUUCAGUGAAAUUCUGGCAAAUAUGGAGAGAUGAUAUUUUGUAAGUAAUCAUCUACUUCACAAUCAAACAUUUAAAAUGUUGCUAAUAUCUCAUUGGAGUGAUAGAGGAGCUGAACUCUGUGUGGUUUAAAUUCGGAUAAACCUUUCAUUCUUAAGAUAAAUGACGACUUAUUCCUGUCAAAAUAGCAUGCAGAACAACUUGUAAUGCAUUAUACUAAUUUUUCUCUUAUAUCUGC